AUGGCAUGGCAACUUUGGGAGAAGUUUAAGGUCGACCAUCCAGUCACGGCGGACCACAUGUCUGAAGCAUGCGCUGCCGUCCGUCCAUACCUGCCUCCGGUCAACUUUAUCACAGCCCACUACGCCUACUUCAUAUUCACUGGGCUUAUCUUUGCCGGCAUCUUUCACGGGCUUUCGCACUCGGCUGAUAGCAUUAGCUUUAUUGACAGCCUUUUCCUCGUCAUCUCUGCCUUUACCACAUCCGGACUCAACACAGUGGACAUCAGCAAACUCACUACCGCCCAGCAGGCUAUCAUUGCCUUAAUGAUGGUUCUUGGCAGUCCUGUAUUCGUCUCCAUUUUCACCAUUUGGCUCCGUGCUCGCGUUUUUGAAAAGCGUUUCGAGGACAUUGUCGAGGCCGAACGAAACAGGAGGAUACCUAAGACUGGCGCCAUAGUCGGCAUGGCUGGAGCCAUGAUUGGCCUUCCUGUGAUGUCAUCCUUCAAGGGGUCCAAGCGGAAGCAAAAGAAGAGUAGACACGAGCGGCAGGCUGAGGCUGAUGCCUUCCAGUUGACGGGAUCGACAUCCCAGGGCCACGGCCGGAGCCAUAGCCAGACAAACCAGCAAGAGUCUGGACCAUCCGGCAUGCUGGAACGUAUCGAAGAAGGCCAAAGGCUUGGCUUCUCCACUAGUUCCACCGAGCCGCUCUCGCCCAAGUCGAAUACCGCUACGAGGAGGAGGCCUUUCAGUCGUGACGACAGUCGCCAGUCCGUUUCAGAAAGCUUCGAUUUCAAGACUUUCAUCCACGAGAACAAGGAGUCCGUCGGCAGGAACGGCCAGUUUUUCGACCUCACAGAAGAACAGCGCGAAUACCUGGGUGGAGUCGAAUAUCGCGCCCUCAAGAUUCUGUUUACCAUUGUCUGCAUCUACUUUAUACUCUGGCAGAUCCUUGGGGCCAUCACGCUCGGCGCCUGGUCGUACGUGCACAGCCAAAGUAUAACAGCCGUAAACGCUCAAAAUUCCUGGUGGGCUGGCAUUUUUUUAGCCGUCUCUUCAUUCAAUAAUGCUGGAAUGACGCUCCUCGACGCAGGCGUGACAGCCUUUGACAAUGAUGCCUUCGUCUUAACUAUUGUAACCAUCCUCUCUCUAGCCGGAAACGCUGCGUUUCCUGCGUUCCUCAGAGCCACUGUUUACUUCUGCAGUCUGGUCUUGAAAGUCUCUGUUGACAGCGACGAAUACACCGUGUGGAAGGAAGCUUUUGACUUCAUCCUGAAGUACCCUCGUCGUUUGUACAUGAUGAUGUUUCCUUCCAAGGCCAAUCUGGUGUUUGUCACAAUGUUCAGCACCAUUGCUGUUAUGGACUGGGUCCUUCUAUUGGUUCUCAGCAUUGGCAACUCUGCUAUCGAGGCAUACCCAGUUGGAAAGCGAGUCGGGCUGGCCCUAUUUCAGGCACUAAGCAUUCCUUCCUCAGGCUUCGCAGUUGUUUCUGUGUCAAGCCUCUAUUUCGACGUUCUUGUCCUAUGGGUCAUCGUAAUGUAUAUUUCCGCGUACCCGGAGAUCAUCGUCAUGCGAAACUCAAAUGUGUACGAAGAACGGUCACUGGGAAUUUACACCACACAAUCUGAAAAGUCCGAGGAGUUGAACUCAACUCCAGACGAGUCGGCAGAGGAGCUCCUGCCAACCUUUGGGCCCCUCCUAUCUCGACCGACGUCUGGCCAUACCCUUGGCCUAGAAAGAUCAGCAGUCUCAGCACCAGGCGCGUCACAAGAAAAGUCGGGCAUUUCUACGAAGCCAAUUAAGAAAAUAGCCGCCAUCGGCAGGCGUGGCACCUCCUUCGUGGGCAAGCAGAUCCAAAGUAGGAUGAAUAACUUCCAAGGUGUAGGCGUAACGGCGAGGCCCCGGCUGAAGCGGUCUGCUGCUAUUAACUUCAACGACCCAAACGAGGCGUCAGGAUCUACCUCGGCUUUCGAGGGCCACGUAAGCCUCGUGUCGCAGCACCUUCGAGGACAGCUGUCACACGAUAUCUGGGCCAUUGCGUUUUCUCUAUUCUUAAUCACACUUAUCGAGACGUCUCAUUCAAUUGCGGACCCAGGAUCCUAUAGCGUAUUCAACUUCCUGUUCGAAAUCGUGUCGGGAUAUACCAAUAUCGGACUGUCUAUGGGACUGCCAAAUUACUCAUUCAGCUUCGUGGGCGGCUGGUACACAGGUUCAAAGCUGGUAAUGAUUAUUAUGAUGAUUCGUGGUAGGCAUAGGGGCUUGCCGGUCGCACUAGACCAUGCCGUCAAGCUGCCCGGCUGGGACAAUGUUAGAAAACAGAAUGAGGACGCUGAGAUUAGACGAAGUUUAGGUAGGAGUCGGACUACAUUAGAUAUCUAG